AUGGCUCACUUGGUGUAUUCCGAUUCAAUGGGUGGAUCACAGCAUGGUCAAGGUGUGGAAAAUUUUCCAUCCAAGACAGGGUCCCUAAAAAUCUUGUUGUUACAUGGGAAUUUGGAUAUUUGGGUGAAGGAAGCAAAGAAUCUCCCAAACAUGGAUUUAUUCCACAAAAGGCUAGGUGAUAUGUUUGGUAAAUUUGGUACUAAAAUGGAAGGGAACAUGUCUAGUAAGAUAACUAGUGAUCCAUAUGUCACAAUCGCAGUCUCCAACGCGGUAAUUGGUAGAACUUUUGUGAUUAGUAACACUGAGAACUUUGUUUGGGCGCAGCACUUUUAUGUUCCAGUUGCACAUUAUGCUGCAGAAGUUCAGUUUGUGGUGAAAGAUAGUGAUGUUGUAGGCUCUCAGACUAUGGGAGCUGUUGGGAUCCCACUAGAACAGAUAUUGUCAGGGGAAAGAGUUCGAGGGGGGUACUUAUCCAAUACUCAAUGCGAACGGGAAACCAUGCAAGGGCGGGGCUGUCUUGAUUCUAUCAAUUCAGUACAUACCAGUGGAGAAAUUGUACCUUUAUCAUGGUGGGGUGGGACCCGAUCUUUCGUAUCAGGGUGUCCCUGGCUGUAUCAGCACGGACAGUGUUGGGGGGAUAUCUAUGACGCAAUAAAUCAGGCUCGACGUUUGGUUUAUAUUACCGGGUGGUCUGUUUACCAUCUAGUUCAACUUGUUAGGGACUAUCCGAAUGCAACAGAUAGCAGGUUAGGCAGGCUACUGAAAGUCAAAUCACAAGAAGGUGUGAGAGUGCUGCUCCUUGUAUGGCAUGAUCCUACUUCUAGGAGCAUUCUCGGGUACAAAACUGAAACUAGUACAAUCUACACUCAUUAUCAGAAGAGUGUGAUAGUCAAUGCUGAUGCUGGUAAUUACAGGAGAAAGAUCAUAGCAUUUGUUGGAGGCCUCGAUUUAUGCAAGGGAAGAUAUGUUGCACCAAAACAUCCAAUUUUCAGCACAUUACAAACUGUUCACAAGGAUGACUAUCAUAAUCAUAAUUUUACAGCGUCAAAGCCCCAUGGCAUACAGAAAAUAAGAGCAUCACAUGAUGAUAACUUACUCAAGCUCGAUAGAAUACCUGAUAUAUUAGGAAUAGAAGAGGCUGCUAACCAAAGGCUAGAUGAUCCAGAGACUUGGCAUGUCCAGGUUUUUCAUUCAAUCGACUCCAAUACGGUUAAAGGUUUUCCUGAAGAUCCAAAAGAGGCUCCAAACAAGGUAAAGGCGUUUGGCUCUUGGUCUAUUUUCAUCGAACCUGGUAUGUGGGAAGAAUUUACUGAUAGACAUGAGUAUACAUUACAGCUUAUGUCAAGGCAAUUCAUAGCAUCCAAAAUCUCAUUCAUCGGGAACCAGUACUUCCUUGGUUCAUCGUACAAUUGGACCAACUACAAAGACUUGGGUGCAAACAAUUUGAUACCUAUGGAAAUUGCUCUAAAGAUUGCUAACAAAAUCAAAGCAAGGGAGAGGUUUUCAGCUCGCGAUGGUGGAAGCAUUUCAGAUACUACUAAGAGUUCUCCUACAAACACUCCCCAAGUACUCAUUCGGAAAAAUAGACACUUCAUGAUAUAUGUCCAUUCAAAGGGAAUGAUGGUGGAUGAUGAAUAUGUAACAUUGGGUUCUGCUAACAUCAAUGAACGCUCUCUCGAAGGAACCAGAGAUACUGAAAUUGCCAUGGGCUGGCAAGCUUACUAA